AUAUACAGUAAGUAACACUUUUGGGAGAAACUUUUAAUGAAAUCCACCCAGUUUAAUAGUAUGUUGUUCACACUAAACACAGUUAAUGUGUCAAAUUUCCCUUUACGUGAUACUUUGUCCAAAAAUCUGUUCAUAAACCUUUUGCUCCAGAAGUGUAAAAAAAGAAAAGUGUGCGAAAAAAAAAUCAUAACUUAUAAUCCAAAAAAUACAGUAUAUCAUUCAAUUUUUUACAAGUUUUAGGUAUCCAGCUGUGGGGAUUUUACAAAGUAAAAGUCUACAAAGUAAAAACAACAUCAACCGUUCAGAGGAAUAGUUUAAAAAAUGAGUUGAAACUGUAUAAAAAGUCCUCCAAAAUAGUCUUUAGUUUCACACACUGAUAUUAUCUGAUUAAAAUCCUAUCAACUAAAGUCACUCCUCUAUACCUGACUUCAUCAAGCUGUGAAAAGCAGAAGUUGAUAUGUACCCGCAGACCUGACAUUUAAAUAGAAGAAUGCUGGGCUUUCUAGACAAUAUGAUGAAACAGAAAAGCUUUUAUCCCAAUUUCCAUAAAGAAUAUCUCACUUAAAGAUUUUUUUAUUCGUCCUCUGUGCUUUAUUGCCUAAAAAUUAAACAUUCAUGAGCUGCUUUUUCCUUAUUUACAUACAAUGUGUUUCAUCUUUGUGAGCAAGUCUUUUUCAAGGACAAUGCUCUUAUCAGAGUUACUCACUAACCUCUUAUUUAAUGACACUGUUGAAUAUCAAGUGUCUUCUUUGCCUUGGCACUUGAGCACCGAAUGAAACAAGCAGAAAUUAUGUAAGGUAAGUUCCCCGUUAGAUUUGUGCACCUGAGACGUUUAAAAGUGAGACCAUUGUCAUGUAGAUUCAUUGUCAAGGAAGAGCGACUGAUGAAUAUUUCAUCCCCUUUUUGCCUAGCGCCUCUCUCCUGCUUGGAUACAGACAUCCGCUGCUUUAAAUGACACUUGUGGCCCUCUGGUGUUCAUGAUACAGAUGAGUUUCUUCGCAUAUACAGUUCAGCCAUGAAGCUGCUUUUGUUCCAUUGCUUUUUUCAUGGACUGUCUCCAUAUAUAGAUGACAUAAUAUAUUCCGUACAUAUGUGGUUCUAACAUUUAUUUCUUUAUAUUUCAGGUAAGCCAGAGAAUGCAUUUAAAGAGAGAGGAGCAAAGAUGGUCGAUUCAUAAAUAGUCUUUUUGUUAACAGAGAACGUGGGACGAGUAUCACACACGGUACCGGACGGGGAUAAGUACUGGUUCCAGAUGCAGAACUGGUUCAGAAAGAGAUACCAGACGCAGACCAGGCUAGGGUUAGGGUACCAGUAUCGGGCCCAGAAGUUUGGUCCACUUUAAAAAGUAUUUUUUUUUUAAGUUUUAAAAAAUUUGUUUUAGUGUGUUCAGUAAAAGUUUAUCCUAUUCUUGUUUGUUUUGGAUUUUGGCCCCCUGUGCGAUUGAGUUUGACACCCCUGGUCAAAAACAAUAAAAUAAAAUAAAGGAAAGUGAAAGUCAAUCCACUAAAGGUGCAGAACGUCAAUAGCUUUAAUAAACUUCUGUCAUUUACGUCAUCUUUAGUUUUGUUUUUAUUACAAUUUUAAAAGUUCCAAUUGUCAUAAUUAUAAUUGUUUAAUGUUUUGUGCUUACUUGCUGUUUUUGUUCCAACUUUACUCUCUCUGCAAUGAUCCCUAUAGAUUAUAAGCCAUAGCCAUAAUCCAUGGUUAUCUCUGAGCUGAAUAUCUUCUGACUUUUUAGGUCCAUGACUUCAUUUGUUAAAUGCAAAAUCUUUUUUUCCUCCAUCUUUUGCUCAGACAAUUUUUUUCUGUUUGUCACACAGAAGUUUGGAAUUUCCAAAUUUUGUUCCUCUACAAAUGUUGUUUUUUGGUCAACAUGCUCUUUGCCUCCUGCAUUAGGAUCUUAUAAAUCCCAUACCGGACACAAAGUAAAACAGUAAGUAAAAAAAUACUUUUAUUUUCAUUGGUAAAUAUCCCAUGCACUUGAUGCCUCAGAAAGUUGGAGAUAUAUGGUCUAACACUGUAACAACAAGUGGUUGGGUGGUUCAGUGGGGGCUGCCACGCAGGAAACCUGGGUUCAAUUCCCGGAGCGUGCAUUGAGCUUCAUCCAGUGAGGGUCCUUGGGCGAGACCCUUGACGCUACUGACCAACUGAGUUCCCCUGUGCUUUACGAAUAGAGCUGUUUCGCUGUGGCGACCCCUAAUGGGAUAAGCUGAAAGGUGAACAACUGUUCUUUAAUAGCAAAAACUAAAAUGCAUUACUCUUGUAUUGUGUUACACCCAAAACCAGGUCAGUAAAUGCAGACUUAGAUUAAAGCAAUGGUAUAAAAUAGCUAUUUUUUUAUAUAUAUAAUUGAAGUGAUGUACCUAAGUUCAAGCCUUUAGAACAGGUAGUUAUAACAUGUGAAUGACUUUUUGGUUCUAAUUAAAAAACUGUAAGUGUGAGGGCUUUUUACUCACGUUGGGGUCUGGUGGCAGCACCCCUCUUUGUUUGUUAAGAAGAGUAAGAAUAGAAACAAACAUUAAUUCUUUUGAUAAUCUAUCACAUAAGAUACAAAAGAGCAGAAAACUAAGUCUGAACUGAAUAUUCUCAAUAUUUUAAAAAUGGGUGAUUUAACAGAGCAGAUUAGUAAACAAAAAAAAUAUGACCAUGAUUAUGCACAAGUUUGAGCCUAAUAAAAUAGUUAAGUUACCCCUAAAUAAGUACAUUUUUUUCCACUCUUCCCUCCGACAGAAGCUAGAAAAUUUUCAUCACUCUUAUUGAUAUUAGAGCCCUGGAGAUCUCCCUUUUAUGUGUGUGUAUGUAUUUGUGUAUAGAUAUGUGUUUCACCUGCAGGAGGCCCAACAAGGUUCUGCAUGCCGCCUGCCCACGUUCCCUCCAAUUCUGACUGAGGCUACCCUCAACACGGCCAAUGAGAGAAGUUUUCUGAAGGUUUAAAAGAGAAAAUGGUUCAGUGGGACAAAAUGAAGUAAAUUCAGUCGCCAUUCUUUCCAUGAUUUGGACACUACCAUGUUGGAGCCAGACGUCAGCAAGUACCAUUGUGUCCAGGUCAUCCAGCUGUUUGAUCUGGAAAGUGAAUGAAGUCGACUGUUCAGCCUUACUGUACUCAGUGGAAACAGAGCUCAGGAGCUCCAUCCAACUUCUGGACUGACACCUUAGACAGAGACGUGCAGAAAAAACAAAGCAGCUACAGCAUCCUGGUCCUGGAGCUUUUGCCAAGACACAAAAUCGUCUUUAUGCCGCUGCCUGUGUUCUCUUUUCAUCUGACCCUGCUUGAUUCUGAUUUUAACUGAGGGAAAAUGCCGUGUGCCGUUGGUGGUCCCGAAGGCUACACUCCACCAGAAGGUGGCUGGGGAUGGAUGGUGGUGGUCGGGGCCUUCAUUUCUAUCGGCUUCUCUUAUGCCUUCCCCAAGUCCAUCACUGUCUUCUUCAAAGAAAUCGAGGUGAUCUUCGACGUGACAAGCAGCCAAGUGUCAUGGAUCUCAUCUAUCAUGCUAGCAGUCAUGUAUGGCGGAGGCCCUAUCAGCAGCAUCUUGGUUAACAAGUAUGGGAGUCGUCCUGUUAUGAUGGCUGGAGGAUUACUCUCUGGAGUGGGACUUGUUGCUGCCUCUUUCUGCAACUCUGUUCAAGCCUUAUACUUCUGCAUCGGUGUGAUAGGAGGUUUGGGGCUGGCUUUCAACCUGAACCCUGCUCUCACUAUGAUUGGAAAAUAUUUCUACAAGAGGCGUCCCAUUGCUAAUGGGAUUGCCAUGGCUGGAAGUCCCGUCUUUCUCUCCACCUUGGCUCCUCUUAACACCUGGUUCUUUGACCAGUUUGGUUGGAGAGGAAGUUUCAUGAUUCUCGGAGGGCUGCUUCUGAACUGCUGUGUUGCAGGCUCGCUCAUGCGACCCAUUGGGCCAAAACCUAAACCAGCAGAGAAGACCACUGAGAGAAAGACUGUAUCGCAGACCAUUAACAGCUUCAUUGACCUCACUUUGUUUAAGCACCGUGGGUUUUUGCUCUACAUUGUGGGCAACUUUGUAAUGUUCUUUGGCUUGUUUGCACCACUAGUGUUCCUCUCUAAUUAUGCCAAGAGUGAAGAAAUCCCAAAGGAGAAGGCAGCUUUUUUACUCUCUGUGCUGGCUUUUGUUGACAUGUUUGCCCGUCCUUCAAUGGGCUUUGUGGCCAGUACCAAGUGGGUUCGGCCCAGAAUCCAAUACUUCUUUGCUGCCUCUGCACUGCUCAAUGGCAUCUGUCAUGUUUUGGCUCCGAUAUCAGUUGACUAUACAGGCUUUGUUAUUUAUGCCAUUUUCUUUGGAUUUGCUUUUGGCUGGCUGAGCUCAGUGUUGUUUGAGACUUUGAUGGAUCUUGUGGGAGCCCAACGAUUCUCAAGUGCUGUUGGGUUGGUCACCAUUGUGGAAUGCGGUCCAGUACUGUUAGGGCCUCCACUACUGGGAAAGUUCAAAGACGUCUACCAUCAUUACAGGUACACAUACCAGGGCUGCGGGAUCAUCCUCAUUGUCGCCAGUGUUUUCCUGUUUGCUGGAAUGGGACUUAACUAUCGGUUGUUGGCCAAGGAGAAAAAAGAGGAGGAGAGGAGGCCCAGGGUGGGAAAUAGAGGACAAAGUUCCAGUGGGGACAAAGCAGUGGCAGAGGCUCGGAGCAAAGAAGACACCGUCUAGUGUUCUGUACCCAGUCAGCUUUCAUCUUUGAGCAAAGUAAUUCAUAAUAUUACGAAGAAAAUAAAAAGAAUUUGUAUACUUCAGUGACAGGUUUUACAUUUGACCGUGUUUUAGUGUUGCAUGCUUCUAAUAUCAAUCAAACUCUGUUAAAAAACAUUUUUGUCUUACUUUCCUAACCUUUAUAUAUAAAACAUAAAUGAACAGCUUUGUUUUUAGCUUAUAUACAAAAACUGUUCAUCAUUGAAAUAAAAUUAUGCACAUAAGUUUCUUUUUCAAAAUGUUUUAUUAAAGCUUCCGUCUCAAACGUAUGUAUACAGCUUAUAUAUAUAUAUAUAUAUAUAUAUAUAUAUAUAUAUAUAUAUAUAUAUAUAUAUAUAUAUUAACCUGGAAUUGUGUAUUUUGUGUAUCCAAUUUAACCUUUGAAUAUGUUUGAUGAAACUGACAACAUAGCUAAAAAGUUUAGAGAAGACCGCACAACAAGAGAAUAGCCAAUCCGACUAAUACUUUUUUAUAUGUAUAAUUAAGAAAUUUAUUAACAUUUUGAUCUCCUAACAACGUUAAAAUCGUUUUAACCAUUGCUUUUUUUUCAUCUGUAAAGGAACACCUCAAAGUGUUAAAUAAACUGCCAUUAAAUAA